AUGAAAAAUUAUUUUAUUUUAAUUAUUUCAUUGAUUGCUAUUGUUGGAAGUGUGAAAUCUAGUCCAACUUCAGAUUCAUGUAUUUUUAAUAACUCUGAUUAUACAAUUGAUUUAUCUCCAUUAAAAAACCAAUCAUUUUUUUUCAGAGCACCAUAUAAUCAAGUAUCUGGUGGAAUUUAUUCUUAUAAUUUCAAUUUAUGCUCAAAAAAUAUUUUUUGUGAAAAUAAUGUUACACUUUUAGAGGGUACACAAUCAUGUCAAACAGAGGGAGUGUCUAAUUUUGAAAUUGGUAAUGUUAAUAAUGUAGUCUAUCUAUUUAAUCCAAGUCCAAAUAAUACAAUUCAAAUUACCUACUAUAAUUCCCAACAACAACCUACUACCGGUUGUGGCAAUGCAGGACAUAGAAAUUCAACAUAUUCAUUUAAAUGUAACCCAAAUGUUAGAUUCUUAAUCAAAGAAUUAAGUGAAAGUCCUAAAUGUAUCUACAACUUUUUUAUUGAAAGUCAAUAUGCUUGUCCAAUUCCAAACCCAACUCAACAACCAUCUCAAACACCAUCUCAAACACCAUCUCAUACACCAACUCAAACACCAACUCAAGUACCAACUCAAACACCAUCUCAAACACCAACUCAAACACCAUCUCAAACACCAACUCAAACACCAUCUCAUACACCAACCCAAACACCAUCUCAUACACCAACCCAAACACCAUCUCAAACACCAACCCAAACACCAUCUCAUACACCAACCCAAACACCAUCUCAUACACCAACCCAAACACCAAAGCCUUCAAAAAUUUUAUGCAGUGUAACAAAUAAUGGUAUUACUGUUAAUAGUCCUCAACCAAUUUAUUGUAAAGGUAAUGGUCCAAUAAUGUGUACAUCAAGUGGUGGGUCAACUUGUUCAACUGAUAAUAUUAAUGGUACCAUUAAUUGUUCUUCUCCAAGUCCAUCAAUUCAUUGUGUUGGAGAUAAUGUUGUAUGUGAAACCUCUGAUGUUGAAUGUUCAAUCAAUGUUAACACUCAUUCAGGUUUAAAAGUUAAUAAUCUUGUUCUUGGUUCUGAUAUCUAUGAUUCAUCAUUACAUCAAACAAUCCCAAAAGAAAAAGAUUCAUCUUUUGGUAACACCAUUAAAGUUUCAUUAUGUUUCUCUGCUAUAUUUAUUAUUUUAUCAUUAUUAUUAUAA